GAUCGGGGGCCUGUGAGUGUUGUUGACAUUUAUUAACAUCAAUGAAUGCCAGUUAAUUACCUAUUAACAACUGAUAAGAAGAAAGCACAGUGAGAGAAGUGCGUUUUUCAAAAGCUUGCGCACAUCCCUUUACCCUUGAGGAAUGGGUUAGAAGAAGGAUUGAUGAAGAAGUGCUUGCAAGAUGAAGAAGUGCUUGCAAGAUCAAUAGUUCUUAAGGAAAUAUGGGUCGUGUUUGUUUACAUGUUGCAGUCCGAGGGAAGUGUAGGCAGAAAAGAGGCUAAAACCGUAUAAAAGAAGAAAGGAGGAGAAGAAAUGCAGGCUAAGCAGAGGCCUGGAAUGAAGAAGAAUAUAUUGACUGUGAUUCCCCGUGUGACAUCAUGAAUGACUUCAUCUCCAUGGACAUGUCGACGUUCACUUCAGGUACGAUGGAGACGACUGAAGCAGUGAUGUUGGGGGCCGAGGAUGAUCUUCACAACCCCAUAGAGAAAAGUUCUUCUGACAACACGUCUACUUACAUUCAAAAUGUUUUUGAUGACUUUCAAAAUCCAGAUCUGGGGUACCUAGUGCUGUCACUGUUGGUAGCUAUAACAUGGUCCAUCUACAUCAUACUCUUCAACUCACGUGUACAGGGUCGCAUCCUAACUGCCAUUCUGAGAAGAUUUUUCAAGACUGGAGAUCUUGUUAUUGGCUCAUUCUCAUUAUCUGUAUUGUCUGGGAAGAUUAUGUUUAGAAAUGUAGUCUAUGUGACCGAAGACUACAGCUUCAGAGUCGUUGAUGGAAUACUCAAAUUUCAUUAUUGGCUACCUUAUGUCAAGAGAGAGUUGUCAGAAGAUAUGUCCCAUUGUGAUCACCGGGUUUGGCUUGAGCUAAAUGGGCCUGAACUACACAUAUACAAUCGCUCUCAGCUGUACUCCAAGCUGGAGAAAACCUUUGGGCUUGAGCAGCUGUUGAUGAGUGGAGGAGGGAAGACAGGCAAGACAGAUGAGGAGGAGGAGGUUCAAGUUGCUCAGACCCAGGCAAAGGAUAUGAGUUUUUGGCAGGACUGGCGCGAUCUCAUUCCGGUCAUAAAGAUUGACCUCAAUAUGGCACGUUUUGUUUUUGGCAAUCGCCUUGUGGCAUCAACUCUCAUCCUAACAACAGAUAAAGCAGAAUGUUGUUAUUCAACCAAACAAGCAGCUUGUUCUCUUGAUCAUUUUAUGCAUGUUGUGAAGUCAAAGGCAGAAAAUUUCAGGGUAAUUCUUGCACCCAGUCCCAAAUACACAGGUGUUCUGGACGAGCCCCCAAGAUAUAUGGGUGAAGGGUUUGUUGUCAUGUCAUCUAGUCUAGUCAAUUUCUAUCACUACAUGGAUGAGCCAGGAGUUGUACCAGAACAUCCACAGACAAUGCGUUUGCCAAACGGAGAUGAAGUAACAGCUUCAGCCCCUGUCUGGGGGCUGGAUAUUAAAUGUGCAAAAGGAACCAACUUGAGCUAUGGGCCUUGGGCUGACCGGCAAAGAGAACAGCUCUUUCGCUUCUUCUUUCCACAGGAUUACCAGACAAUGCAAGUAAACAAAGGUCCAGUGCCUGGGGAGGUGCGGCAAGUGCAGCAGUUUGAUAUUCGCCUGAGUAUCUUAUCAGAGGCUACAAUUGAUAUUCUCUUUUCAAAGGAAAAGGAAACAAAUGCAGUGCACAUGAAUGUCCAGCGUGGAUCCUAUUUCGAGAUGACUCUGCCCUGGACUGUUGGCAAAGACGGUUAUACCACAAAGAUCAAUGGUCAGCUCUUCCAUGUCGAUGCCUCGACAAGUCUGCAGUAUCGUAGCCUUCUGGAAGCAGAGUCCCUGGAUUACUGCGUUAAUAUUCAAUAUCCAAGGGUGUGGAAUCAUGACCAGACAUGGGACUUGCACUUCAACAGCAGCAAGGCUACAUACCACUUCCUUUAUGCUCAUAAAGAGUUCUUCCAAGAUCUGAUUGAAGAUUGGUCCUCCCGAGCUCCGCCUGACCUUCUUCAUUUUGUGCCAUACACAUGGAACUUCUGCCUAAGGCUUCAUCAGUUUGAGUUGAUAACCUUAGCAAAUGGUUAUAACUGGGUUGACUGCUCUUCUCAGCACCAGGCAAAUGCUCAUGUUGCCUUUUGUGGGGACUUAUUUGAACUGAAGUUUACCCUUCCAUUUGUAGACUUCUUGCCAGAAACAGUUACCCUCAAGUUUCUCAUGCUAGCCGAGACAGUUGAUCUAAGCUUGUAUCUACCUCCAUCAAAUACUUCCCGAAAUAUCAUUGCUUCUUUGGACCGCAAUGCAAAGUUGGUUGAUCCAGAAGGAAGACCGCAGCAACCCUUCACUAAUGAUAAAUGGAGAAAGUUUUGUAAACUCAGUGCUGGCUGGAUUGAUUGUUGGCAUGUGCCUGAACUGCAGCUAAAUAUUGGGUACAUAUAUCAUCCAGUCCCCCCCCUUGGACCAUCGCCUCAGGCCAAUGUGUCUACACCGGAAAAGGAAGAACUACUUUUGUCACCCAUCCGAGCGCCAAACAGGAAGAAAUCGCCAAUGGAAAUCAACAAAAGUAUACCUCGAGAACUGUUUGAUCCGACUUCAAUGAAUCCUGACAUAUUCAGUGUGGAUCUACAUAUUAGCAAGCCUUCAGAAAUUAAAUUAUAUGGCUCAGUUCUUCGUUUAUUCAUAAACCUUAAGGUAAAUGCUGGCUGGAUUGAUUGUUGGCAUGUGCCUGAACUGCAGCUAAAUAUUGGGUACAUAUAUCAUCCAGUCCCCCCCCUUGGACCAUCACCUCAGGCCAAUGUGUCUACACCGGAAAAGGAAGAACUACUUUUGUCACCCAUCCGAGCGCCAAACAGGAAGAAAUCGCCAAUGGAAAUCAACAAAUGUGGAUCUACAUAUUAG